AAGGCGAAUGUGAACUUCAAAAAUAACAGUUUUUCGGACUAAAUUAAAGCUAACGCGGGAAAUUGUCAAAUUAACUCUGAGAUAAUAUUAUUAUAUCCUAAUAGAAACUUUUUGAUGGAUACUGUUAAUGAUUUUAUCGACGAUAGUUAUCGUGAUAAUGAUGACGAUACUGACAGUAGUCAAACUUAUUCAACAUCCAGUAAAACAAAAGGAAGAAAGGUAUACAAAAAAAAAUGGAAAAAGCAAAAUAAACAUGAUGAGAAUUCAACUGGAAAAUCAAAACUAAAUUUUAAAUGCACUAAUUUUAUUAAGGAGGAUCACAAACAACCGAUUUUUGGUGUUCAAUUUUACCAACAAUGCUCCAGUGGAGAAGAUGAUCCAUUAAUUUUUGGAACUGUUGGAAGCAAUAGGGUUUCAAUUUACAAAUGUGCUGAAGAUUCUGGACAAAUUAUAUUGCUUCAAAGUUAUGCUGAUAGUGAUCCAGAAGAAAGUUUCUAUGCAUGUUCAUGGACAUAUGAUCCUGAUAACAGAAAUCCUUUGUUUUGUUUUGCUGGAGCUAAAGGAAUCAUUCAUAUACUUAACCCAUGCAUACGUCAAGUUGCUACUUAUCUUCAAGGACAUGGCAGUGCGAUCAAUGAGUUAAAGACACACCCCAUUGAACCAUCAAUAAUUCUCAGUGCAAGUAAAGAUCACACUAUUAGAAUGUGGAACAUUAAAACAGAAGUUUGUGUUGCAAUCUUUGGUGGUGUAGAUGGUCACAGAGAUGAAGUUCUGGGUAUUGAUUUUGAUGUACUUGGUACAAAAAUAGUAUCUUGUGGAAUGGAUCAUUCUUUAAAAUUUUGGUCACUUGAGACAGAAAAAUGCAAAAAAGUAAUCAAUGAUUCGCACACUUACUUAAAUACAGAAAGGAUCUUUCAUACAUUAAAUGUUCAUUAUCCUGAGUAUACUACUCGAGAAGUUCAUCGUAAUUACGUUGAUUGUUGUGUUUGGUUAGGUGAUCUUGUUAUAUCAAAAUCUUGUGACAAUCAAGUUGUAUGUUGGAAAACAAAGCAACCAAUAGAAACAGUUAUGAAAAGGAAAAAUAACUCUGAUGUUGGUGUGUUUGUGCUACACAAGUUUGAUAUUGAUUUGUGCGACAUUUGGUUCAUCAGAUUUGCAGUAGACCUGAAUCAAACGAUUUUAGCCCUUGGAAAUCAAAUUGGUAAAGUUUAUCUCUAUGAUUUAGAAGGAGAACAUCCUGCCCAUGCCAAACCAACGAUACUUUUUCAUUCCAAGUGUACAACAGUUGUUCGCCAAAUUUCGUUUAAUAGUUCAGCUAAAGUACUAAUUGCUGUUUGUGAUGAUGGCUCUGUAUGGAGAUGGGACAAGCAGACAUAAUGAAAAAAUCUUGUGUAAAUAGUAAAAAUGAAGCUAUAAUGACGAAACUGCUAGACGCUGUGAAAAUCGCAAUAUUUUCAGAGGAGAAUAACAAACAAUUGAUUGUUAGUAUGAAAAUAAUUAAUGCGAAAAUGUUUCAAAGGAAUAAAAUCAGUUUUUAAUAA